CCCCAUGGACCGUCUACUCCGUCCGUGAGCACUAACAAAAACAUUGAUAAUUUGAUAUAUUUUUCAUUGCAUAUUUGUGAGACAGGAAAUGAUAUAGUUAUUUAUAUUUUAUUUUUAUAAGUAAAACUGCUUUAUCGCGUAUGAUUAAUCAACCCACUGGUAAAUCAAUAGCACUUUUCUAGACAUGGAUCCGAUAAGAUAAUACGCGAGACAUCGGUUCCGGUUUUACCGAUAGACGAAAGAGACGUCGGCGGUUAAAGUGCAACGGUAAUCUUGUAUUUAGCAGGCGAUUUAGGUCGGCAACUGUACCUUGUAACUCUGGGGCCAGGCUGUCAGGUUUUUAAAAGUUAAUGAGAAAAAGCGCCAUCUAUUGUUAUUGAAUUGAACUAACUAGAGACCUACAAGGAUAUCAGACUCGAUGGGUAUAAAACAAACUAAAUUAUGAUUUUAUGAUAGCACACUAGCGCCUUCCUGGUAAUGAAAAAUGAGUGUUGCAAGUUGGUUGCAAGGGUUGCAACUUACUUAAACAAUAACGAAGUUAAGUUUAGGAAAGCCGACCCCACCACCAUGUAGGAUACGAGUUAGGCAGAGAGAGCAUUUUAAAUGACAUUGGUUCAUUACAUAUUUUAUUGACGUCAGUUACAAUGCCGUAAUCGAUGAUGAACAUUUUUUAUAUUUUUUAUACCUUAAGUUGUCUCAAGUCAUCUGCCAUCAUCUGUCACGGCACAGCUGACAUUCAGUUAUAUUUAUAUACGCCUGACGCUUAUGUAAAAUAAAAAAAGUUGUUUAUGAAAUAUUCAUGUAUUCGCACGUUUAUUAAUAAGUUGUAUAAAAACCACAUGGAGUAUCAAGAAAAUAACCUUUUACUUCAUGAUUUAUGUCGCUUGUGCCUGGUAAAUGCAGGUACCACAUUCAUAGACGAAGGUUUACAACAAAAUGUUUUUGUAUGUACAGGUGUCAAAGUAUUUCUUGCAGAUAAUUUUCCAAAUAAAAUUUGCGUGACAUGCUACGAAAUCGUAAAUAAAGCAAUCGAAUUCCGAGAUACUGUAACUAAAAAUGAUUCCAUAUUAAAAUCAUUGCAUGACAAUACUGCCAACGAAGACAUAAUUGAAUACAGAAUAGUAAUUAAAGAUGAAGAUGUAGAGUCAGAUACGGAGGCUGAAAGCAAUUGUUGUGCUCAAGAAAUUCAUAUUGAAAAUUCUGAAUCCAACGACAAUUCCACUUAUUCAUGUAUAGUCAAUUUAACUUCAAAUUCAACACCAUUGGGCUCUUUAACAAUCAGGAAAGAUCUAUUUCCAAAUUCCGUACAGGAAAAACAAAAAGAAAAUAUUGUUUGUGAAGAGAAAGAAAAAAUUAAAAAAUCUAAAAAUCAUAAAGAUGUUAUACAAGAUGAAUGUGAGGAAACACAUGAAGACAAGAUUGAUUGUAAAAAUAAAGUUGAAAAAAAACCUAAAUGUGAAGAAACAGAUAUAAUUAUAUAUAAAUGUCGGGAAUGCACUAAAUCUUUUAAAACAUGGAGAAAAUUGUAUCAUCAUACGAGACAGCAUAACAAGACAAAAGCAUGUCCUAUUAAAGAAUGUGGCAAAAUGUUUUAUUCCAAAUCAGAUUUGGAGAAACAUAUCAGAAUACACACAGGUGUGAGACCGUACCAAUGUAACUUGUGUGACAAAAGUUUUACACAAAAAUCUACUUUGAAUAGUCAUAAAGAUGCUGUACAUUGAAAUUCUAUUGCCAUUGUAUUAAUUAUAUAAAAUAUUUCUUUAUCAAACAUCAGGGAAAUUCAGAUCAUAGGGAUAAAGAAAUAACGAAUUUCAUAUCUCUUAUAUUGUAAGUCCACGUAAAAAAUACAAGUCUCAAAAAUGGAUUAAGGUACAUUUCAGGUGGAAGCGAGUCACACUUGUGGAGGUUAAGCCUUUGACGUGUGCCUGACGUUUAGUACUUAUUUUGAUAACUUUUAUAUUUUUUUUUAAUAUAUCGUAUGUUAUAUACAUAAUAGAUAUUUUUAUCGCGAUAAAACAUAGCAGGCAACAUGAAAUGUAUAUGCAGCUAUGUAGAAUCUGGUAGUAAAACAAAGUAUUAAUGGUCUCUUUUCACUAAUUGUUAGCCGUGCGAGUCUGUACACUUUAAGCUAAGUGGAAAUGGACGCUAAUUCCUCUAGUCAUAAUACAAAUCCGGCUGAUUCUUGAGUUUAUGUAUUAUGUAAAUAUUUAUGUUUCGGUCGUUUUUGACAUUAAUAAUUAAAAUAAUUUGACGCGAAU